CCAAGGCAGCCCCGCACGUCGGGACGGGUGAAGGAGAGCCAAUCCUGGGGGCGGGACGGAAGAUGGCGGGUGGGCCCCGGGCUCCUGGCCCCAGGCUCCUACCCCCGGGCUGGCCACAGCACCAGGUCCCCACCAGCUAUGAACAAGUCACUCCCCCCUUGCAGCCUCAGUUUCCCCCAUUCGCUAGACGAGUGGCUCUCCAGGGGCCUUUCCAGCCCGAAUAGCUCAGGGAAAGGAACUUUCCGGAGGCCAGGCCUCAGUUUCUACUUCUUUAGGUGUUAGCCGUGGGCUUUGGGGGAAGUAAGUGGGGGGAGGGGAGGACUGGCCUUUCUCUGGUUCAACGGAAUUCUCUUGCCGUACGGGAGAGAUCUGAGGCCCGGCUGGGGACAGUGGCCUCCCCGGUUAUCAGGGCAGGUGCCCAGUCUCCAGGGAUAGCCAGCCAGAGCGAGGGCAUCCUGCCUCCCAGAUACUCAGCUCAGGGUCCUAGGGAGGCCGGGGCUGUGUAGUCCAGAGCCUAAGGGCUUUGCUUUCAUCUUGCCCCUCCCCCCAUUUUACCGACGACGAUCCCAGUGGCCGGAGUAGGUGGACAGGCGCCGACUCGGUCCCUGGAAGGCCUGCCUCAGCUACCUGCUAGCUGUAUCCUCUGGGCAAGAAGUGGAAUCUCUGCCUCAGUUUCUCACUCAGUAAUGCGUAGUUUCUAAGGGCUCCUUCCAGUUCUAAGUUGCGUCGUGGGAGAUGGAGUUGGCUGUUUAAGGCUAGGCCUCUGAGGACCAUGGGAGGUCCGGGAGAGGGUGUUGGGCCUGCAAAGUUUUCACCCCCAGAGGGAGCUCCCCUGCGGACGUUUUCGCUUCCCUUCGAGGCUUCCCUAGAAGGGCCCCUGACUCUAGAAGUCUCCCUCCUCGCCCCACCAUGGCGGUGGACAUCGAGUACCGCUACGGCUGCGUGGCGUCCCCUCUGCUCAGGGACAGGUUCCCCUGCAAGAUCUCUCCCAAGGCCAGCAAGCCCCUGCGGCCCUGCAUUCAGCUGAGCGGCCGGAGCGAGGCCAGCGGCGUGGUGGCCCUGCCGGUGCAGGAGAAGAAGGCCAAGAAGCGCGUGUCCUUCGCCGAUGGCCGGGGGCUGGCGCUGACCACGGUCAAGGUGUACUCGGAGUUCGACGACCCCUUGGACAUCCCGUUCGACAUCACGGCGCUGCUGGAGAACAUCGUGACGCUGACCACCGCCGAGUGCGAGAGCUUCGUGCUGGACUUCGAGCAGCCGUCGGCCGACUACGCGCGCUUCCGGCGCCGGCUGCAGGCCGAGCGCGUGUGCCUGGAGAACUGCGUGCUGAAGGACAAGGCGCUGUCGGGCACGGUGAAGGUGCAGAACCUGGCCUUCGAGAAGCGCGUGAAGGUCCGCAUCACCUUCGACACGUGGAAGAGCUUCGCGGACGUCGAGUGCCAGUACGUGAAGGACACGUACGCGGGCUCGGACAGGGACACGUUCUCCUUCUGCAUCGGCCUCCCCGACAAGGUCCAGCCUUACGAGAGGAUGGAGUUCGCCGUGUGCUACGAGUGCAGCGGCCGCACGUACUGGGACAGCAACCAGGGCAGGAACUACCGCAUCGUCCAGGCCGAGCUGCAGGGCUGCCAGGGAGGGGGCCCGGCCCCCGGCGGCGCGGACCUGGGCAUCUCCUUCGACCACUUCGGGAGCCCCCGCUGCUCCUACGGGCUCUACCCGGAGUGGCCCAGCUACCUGGGCUACGAGAGGCUGGGCCCUUACUACUAGCUCCCGCGGGCGGCUGGACGGCCUGCGCCAGAGGCUCCCCACCGGCCGGAUGGCAUCCCCAGCACGGGCACUCGCUCGGGCACACCCAGAGACUUCGGGCUCCCUGGGCAGGCCUCCCCAGCCAGCAUGGGUUUACCAAGUGCUUUCUUCACCCUGGCCCGCGGCAGUUGUCCCAGAGCCCCCCCGGGAUGGACAUUGGGGGGCUUCUCGAGCACCAGGGGGGGCGGCCAUCCCCGUCCUCCUCCGGGGGCCCCUUCAGCAGUCACCGCCCACUGCUGCUCCUGCUCCAUGCUGCUAUGCCUCACCGGACGCGGUUGCUGGGGGUGGCAUGGCCCGCCCACUGGCCACUGAGGGAGGGGCCCCUCCGAGGCCUGGUGCUGCCGCUCCUGAGUAACUUCCAAGAUCAAUCUCAAAUGGGCCUUUGUUCACUUUGCCCUUAAAAAGCCAGCUGUGGGGGGACGUUAGAGCUGGGGACCCGGGUUCAAGCCAUCCCGCGUCCUUCGGGCUAGCUUACCUAAGACCACCCAUGGGAGGGCCUUAGAAGAGCUUGUGUGAGAGGAGGCCCCGGAGCCCAGAGGGACCGUAGCAGGUGGCGCCUCGCCACGAAGAGGCCCGCCUGGAAGUCCAGGCCCGGCUCUCCCCAGGGUCCGGCCUCAGCCUUCUCUGUCACCCUAAUGCAGAUGCUUGUCACCCACCCUCUGGGCCCUUGCAGCUCGCCUCGCUCGCCUUCAGACCAAAGGUAGACCUAGGAAGGGCCACUCCUGCCCAGCCUCAGGGGAGAAGGGAAUGUGGCCGCCCCCGGGGCCCUGGAGAAGCAGCCGGAGGGUCAGCCGCCAGGGCUCCCCCACUCUACUUCCAGCAGGGACCCAGGCCCGGGCCACAAGGAGCACAAUGCGGGGAGCUUCCCGGAGAGGGAACCGCCUUUCCCGUGGAAGUGAGCCCCCUCCUGCAAGUCACAGUCUCAGGGAUUGCCUGGGAAACGGAGGGCCCAAGGGGCUCCCACAGGCACCCAGCCGCAUCCUCUAGCGGGGCGGCUCAGAAGCCUAUAAGCUAAGAGGCCUCUAGUGCUCUUCCUAUCCUUGCAGACUUUCAGCAAUGGGGAGCUCACUCCCUGGCACUCAGUCCUUAUUCUGUCACUCACAGUCCUCAGCCUUCCUUUUUCUGAGAUGCCUUUCUGUGGCGGUCAUGCCGGAUCAAGUGCAAUAAAUGAACCUGGUGACGACUCA